GAGGAAUUUAGCGCCGCUCCCUUAGGCCCUCCCCGCUGUUCUCUACGGCGCUUCCUCCGCCCCCUCUCAUCCACCCCCGCCCCUCCGCGGAGCUCGAAGGGGGCGGGGCUUCCUCCAGCGCUCCAACCCUCUAUUGUCUUCCCUCCUCCUGCCCCCUCUGGCACUCCGUGCGGCUCUGGGGCGGCGGCGGAGUUUAUCGCCGCUCCCUGGGCCGCCCCCCUCCGCUUUCGGCCGCGGCGGCUACGAUGCCUCAAGAUGGCGGAGGCGGCCGAGCUGAAGGUAGGAAGAGGAAGCGGGGCGGGGGGGAGGGAAGGAGGGCGCCCCCCAGGAAAGGGUGGGGGGAGGAGGGGGAGGAGAAUUAUAACAAAAAAUAAGAGAGAGCUUUUAUUGCAUAAAGCAAAUGGGUAGAAAAAUGGGGGGGGGGAGAUAGGGGAGGAGGAGAAACCUUGGGUGCAUUUUUUGGGGGGGGAUAUAAGGAGGGAGCCCCCAAAUAAGAUGAGGGAACCUCUGCUGCAUGAAGCAAAAGGGUAAAGAUGACGGGGACUGUAGUUGGUAAAAGGGGGGGUACUUGGGGCGCGGUUUUUGUGGGGGCAGAAGGGAAACACUCCCCCCAGCUAUUUUGGUGUGUGAAGAAUAUGAGGGAGCCUUGAAUAUAUACAAAACAAAUGGGGGGUAGAAAACGGGGGGCUGCAAUAGGCAAGAGGGAUGGGGAAGGUACCUGGGAUAAUUGGGGUUAGAAAGAGGGACAUCCUCCCCCCCAGGUGUGUGUGGGGGGAGGGAUAUGAGAGAGCUUUAUUGCAUGAAAUAAGUGGGGGUGGUAGAAAAGGAGGGGAGGACUGGAAGGUGGGUACCUGAGGGUACAAUUUUUUGGCAGGUUGGGGGGAGGGAGAAGAGAGGUGGGUGUGGAAAGCAGCUGUGCAGUAAAGCCCAGGGUAAAAGGGGGAGGGAAUAAUGGGGGGGUGGGGGGCAAUGGGGUAUAGGUUAGGCUAGUGAAGGGUGUAAAGAGGGUGCGGUGUGAGUAGCUGUGGGGGGGGGGUUGAUAUUGGGUAGUGAGUAAGAACAUGUGCAGAGUGAAAAGCCUUGGUAGGGUUGGGGAGUAAGAACAUGGGGUCAAGGAGGGGGUGGGAAAUGACUCCUACAGGAGAUCAUGAGGGGGUGUGGGGUUGGAGUUCAAAGUGAGGGGGUGAAGGGGUGAGAAGAGAAUUUGCCUGGGAGGGGUAUUAGUGUGAGAAAGAGGGGCUGCAAAACAGAAGAUGGGGUACAGUGGCGAUGUGGAGGGAGGGGUAUGUUGGCGAGAGAGAAGCUAUAGGGAGGUGUGGGUGUUUGGGGCACAGAGAGAGCAGAGAGAAUCAGACAUGAGUUCAGGAUGAAUUGGGGAGGUGAGGAGUUGGGAAAACCUGUGUCGUAAAAAGGAUAUUAGGGUGGGGGAGACAAAUAAUAUUGGGGUGGGGGCAGAACACCUGGGGUGAUGUGAAGCUGAUAGAAUCCCCAAAGGGACAUUGGGUAUGUGUAGUUUUGUGCAAUGAAAACCAGAGGUGGAAGGGUGGGCUGUGGCAGGGGGCAGGGGUGUACGGAUUGAGUGCGAUCUGGGGUUUCAGGAGGGAUAAGAUCAUUGAGGAAGGACCAUGGCUCAGUGGUCUGCUUGGCAUGCAGAAGGUCCCAGGUCUGAUCCCUGCUGGCGUCUCCAGGUAGGGAUGGGAGAGACCACAUUUGUCUAAAACCUUGGAAAGCCAUUGCUGCCAGUCAGUGUAGAGAAUAUUGAGCUAAUUGAACCAAUGGCUUUAUUCAGUAUAAUCUGCUCAAAUACAGCCACAACACGUGGCUAAUAAGUAUGGUAAAAGCAGCUUCCUAUUUCCCCUGUGCUGCAGUUUGUUUCAUGAUAUGAUCCCAUAGCUAGAGAAUUUGGUGUGGGGUUGCUCUCCUGUAUAUAUGGUUUUUUUCUUUCUUUCUCAUUUUUAGGAGUCAGAGUGCCCACUGCCAUCAUUGCCCACUGCCAAACCCCGGAAUAUGCAGUUGCCCCUGGUAACUAACGAAUUCUGAAACCAAUUUGGGGUCCUCGGUGGUGUGUUAAAAUCCCCUGCAUGGGUUCCUAUCUGGCUUUUCCUGGGGAUAAAUCUUGAGGUUCUACCCACCUUGGCUGGGAGUAGUCAUGGGGACAUCUUUAAACAUUCAUAGAAUUGUUAAGACUUUCCAGCUUUUGUCUGUCCUUACCUUCCAUCUUAUUUUUAAUGAAACAACUUUAUUGUGUCUUAGAUCUUUACUAACCCCCAACAUUGAGCUUGCUGGGAAAUCUAGGUCUUGAAAUUGCAGGAGAGGAUUGGGAAUCCUUCAUUUUUAAACUUAUCUACCCAAGCAUAUUAAUAAUCAUCACUUGCUUAUCUCUGACCCUUUUUACAUCUCUCAUUGGCUUAAGGGGCUGCGUUGUCAAGGAAUCACCAUGUUUUAACUGCUUGGGGAGGUAGGGGAAGAUGACAGCCGUCGAAUGCUGACAGACUGGACAGCUUCUGUCAAUAAAAUGACAAGCUGGCUUGACUGGUGAAUACCUCACUGUGGGGCUUUCAGCCAGGUGUGGCCACACAUUGUUUAAUGGUAAGGAAGCUUUGUCUGUAGGUCUCUGGAAGUAUUUAUAGCAAAUACGUGUUAGGGGCUUUUCGUAUAGGCUGUGCACAUGUACAGACUUAAAAGCUUGUUCACACAUACACACAGCCCUUGAGUAAUGCCCUCUGCUUCUUUGCCCAAAAAAGUCUAAUUUGCAUUAACAGAGGAGGUGGUUAAAACAGUUUCUCCAAUGUACCACUUUGCAAGGGAGGGGGAGUUCACACAACAGAAUGUUCCUCCAUGCAAAAUCUAAUCUCCGUACUACAGCAGGGAAAUGGCUAGGUUACAACUCCUCUCCUCGCUGUGUUAGUUUUCUAAGUGCACAGAAUCUGAGUUUUGUUCUGUUUUAAAAUUAUGUGGAUCAGUCUUGUGAUUCCCAUACCUACAGCCCAGAUUAGUACAAUCUUCCCCUUGCUGUUUGUGUGAACCAGACCACAUCCAUCACACCUGUUGCAGAAAAGAAUGAUCUUGAGAACAUUAAUAUUAUAGUUGUGACCUGCUCUGAAAUGGUUGUGUCAUUGCGUAAGAAACGUUUUAAAUAAAAUAAUGCCUUUGAACUGAAGGGGGACAUGAAGAGCCAGAACUAGACAUUUUAGGAAUUAGGUCUAAUGUAUGAAUGCUGCUGAGAGACUGGAAGGAGCCAUAGCCUUGGAAAGGGCUAAAGAAUCUUUAGUGUGUAACGAGAGAGAAUCAUUAGUGUGUAACACACUCCCUCAGACAGGCAAUCCAGACCACACUCUGGGGCAUUUAAUGGUCAAGACUUUUGAAAGCAUUUGCUUGAUUAGAACAAAAAAAGGGGUGGAAGGUAACUCUGGCUACCUGCAAGUUUGAUACUCAUGGCUAAGAAACAAAUUAGUUACUGUUUAUUGUGAAACCAUGAAAUGAACUUUUAAAAAAUAUAUAAAGAACAGUUAAGAGUUACAAUGUUAUGUGAGAUUUUUUUCAAAUGUGAAUGGGUUCACGGGAGAGUUCUUUUUCUUUCCCUUUUAUCUUGGAACAGCAAGGUCAGCCUGCAGUUGCAGUUUGCUUAAAAGGAAGAAAUGAAGCUCAGGGACAGCAACUCUAACAAAAAGAACAAAAGUUACUUUUUAAAAGGCUAAGUUGGCAGCAACAGGCCACCUUCAUCUUCAGGGCUGUGGAAGGUUUGACUGUGGUUAAAUAGCAGGUGAUCAAAUGCCACCAGCAGUGACUGAAAGGAUACCUUUAUACCAAAUAGCUUCAGGUGGCUCAAGCAAGCUAUUCAAGAUGCAUUGUGCAGGGUACCUGCCCCUCGUGGCUGGAAUCUCUUUGGGGUGAGGACUGAACUGGAGAGCCCUGAAAGAAGCACUUCUGUACAUGUAAGGUGUCACUUCCUGAACUUUUGAGAGCCAGAGCACACCUUUCCUGAAUUUAAAUGGGAACACUUUGCUUUUAACACCUGGAGAGGUGGGCAGAGGAGCUCCUGGUAUACUGGUCCCAUAGCCAGCAGGGGCCCAAGAUUCUGAAUGUUCUGUUUUUUGUUUUUGUUUUUUGUUAUUUUAAGAAAGUAAGCCUAUAGCUCUCCUUGAAAGUAAGUUAUGAAGCAAAAUGUGCCGGUCUUCUUCCAAGCCAUUUUUGUGAGACGGGCCAAACUGGCUGCUCCCAACUUUACGUGUUUUUAGCCUAUGAGUGAAGUAAGAUCAGUGACUGCCAAGUGAGUUAUUUGGAGACCAGACAGGAUCCCAGGGCUUCUUCUUGUCUGGCUCCUGUUGCAUUUUCUAGUUCUUUGGAUCUCUGUAGUUUCCACGUUUCCCCACCACAGGUGGGGUGCAUAUUUCAUGUUGUGGGUUUAUCUGAGAUCAGGUACUCCUUAGAAGACGUUAUUUUUCUGCAAAUCCUGCUGCGCAAUAAGGGUGGGUGGGUAUUAGAGAAUUUCCCCCCAUGCCCAUGGCAAAUGCAAAAUGCGAAAACACUUCAAAGAGAAGCUAAAAACCAGGCUCACAUUAAGUAUACAUUGUUAAUAUCCCUGGGUUACCUUUAUGUUGUGAGCCACCCUGAGAUCUACAGAUGAAGGGCAGUAUAUAAAUUUUAAUUAAUAAUAAUAAUAGUGCAAUAAUAAUAGUAACUCAAAUAUGUGCAUAUAAGGUUUAGGCGGCAAUAUUAUGCACACAUGCCUCCUUGAGAUUAAGUCUUGUUGAACUCUGCAGUGCAUACUUUUGAGUAAACGUAGGCAGAAGUAGGAAAUCCUGUAACUGCAAAAAUGUAAGAGGUGUGGGGAGUGUCAGGCAUAUACAGUGGGUCAGCUCGAAGGAGAUAGCACAACUGCACAAACGCCCUUCUUCUCCCCUGCCCCCUCCCACUUUUUGCCGCUUUGUGCUUUUUCAGACAGGAAGAGCCGGAUCUGGCAAGCGGUGGGGAGCCGCCUGUGGGCCUUGCAUUGCCACCCCCAACUCCUCCAUUUAAAGGAUGGAAUUUUCCAGGCCCUUUUUCUGCCAAUCCCCCCUUCUGCAAAUAAGGCCUCAGCUAAGACAUUUCACUUGGAGGAGAGUAAUGUUUAAGCACAUGGGUUGGUUGGUUGUGUGUGUGUGUAUGUGUAUGUAGAGCGUUGCAUUUUCAAAGGCUGAUUUAGCCCACCCAUGGAGCUGGAGCAUUUGCCCAGCUGGCUGCCUUGAUGGCUUUCUUAACCUCUUUGAAGUCUGAAGGCUCCCUCUCGGCAAACUGAAUCCCCUCUUGUCUCUCUUUCUCGCCCCCAUCGACCCUUUUUCCAUGUUCUGCUUUGUUUCGUUUGUUCCAUAUUUAUUUGACUGAGACCAAGAAAGAUUUGGUUUCCCCACCUUGGAGGUCUGUCUGUCUGUCUGGGGUUGGGGGGGGGCUGCAGUGUCCAGGAAGGGGCUCCUUUGGAAAGAGAAGUGAAGGGUUUGUUUUCCGCGGUUGUAUACUUAGGACCAGCUCUGAUAAUUUUGCAUAUUUGGCAGCUAAAAAUAAAAUAAAAGAUUUCCCAGACUCUGAGGCAAGCAGAGACUAGGCAAUUCCUCACUGUAUAUAUAUCUAUACUCCCAAGAACUUGCAAUGCGUUGUCAGGUACACAUGGAACAAAGGGGGAAUUUAGAUCUUGGGUGGGCACUAAAAUCUUCUGCGGCGCCCCCCGUUUCCUGCCAUUAUCCAGCUUCCGCCUUCACCUUUGCCCACAUGAUUUCAAUCUAAUCUUCAGAGGCUAGGAACUUGCUUUUCCUCUUUUAUUAAUGAAAAAUAUUGUCAUGAUACAAAAUCCUUUGCCCCGGGUAGCAAUGCUCCAUCUUUGCACAGAGAAGUUGUGGCUCUGCAGGGCUUAACUCAGGGGCUGCACAGAUAUUUUGACUUAGAAACCUCUUUUUACAGAAGAUGGGUUGGUCUUGCUCAGUAGAGCCUGCCCAAAGACCGAGGAGACUGUGACCCUCCAGUUGUUGUUGGGUUAGUACACCCAUCUUUCCAUCCAUUGGCCAUCCUGGUUGAGGCUGAUGGAAGUUGAUCUCCAGGAUUUUCAAAAAGGAGUCUUUCCUAGCCCCAUCUGGAAAAGCUGGGAAUGAACCUGGGAUCUCCUGUGUGCAAAGUUUAUCAUAAGAAGAGCAUUCUGGGUCAAGCUAAUGGCCUGGCCACUGCAGCAUCCUGUUCUCAGAGUGGCCAACCAGGUGCCUAUUAUGGGAAGCCCGAAAGCAGGACUUGAGCACAACAGCCCCACUUGUGAUUCACAGCAAAAUGGACACCCUACCAUUUUGCUGUGGCCCAUCCUCUGGGCCGCAGAAGCAAAAACAAAACGCCCACGAGAGCUUAGUGAGAGAUCCCUGUAAUUCUUGAGAGUAAGAGUGCCUUCUUGAUGCUGCAUCCUGGAAACCAGAGAGGCUCUUGGCUUCAAGACAACCUUCUCUGUGUCUGUUGCACUGGCAAGAGCUCCCACUGAAAAUCUGAGAAGCAGAUUGAAAACCACGCAUUGUCCCCGUAUCUCUAUGAACCUAUAUAGACUGUUUUGUUGUUUGCGUUCAUAAUAUUUCUCAAUUUAUUUUCUGUUAAACAAGAAACAAACAAAAAAGCAGCAAACAAGACCUUAAAAGCAGACUGAACCAGAUAAAUAGCAUAAAAACAGGAAUGAGCAGCCCUCUGCCCCAUUUACAAACCAAACAACUCUGAGACCCCCAAAUUUAGAAGGCUGUUGAGGAUUAAAAGGAAAGGAUUUUAUCUUGCUUUGAAAACCCCUGGGGUGUGCUCUGUAAGCCUUCCUCUCAGGAUGUCCUAUAAUUUGUGGUGCCAUCUCUGAGUAGCUCCUCCCAUGUUACAAACUUUUAGUGUUUUAAAUAAUUAAGACAUUCAUCCUCAGAACAGCCUUGUGAGUUAGGUGGUUGUUCUCAUCCUCCUGGGAUUGCACACUCAAUAGAGGUGAGACUCCCAACUUACCUUCUCUUAGGCCCCAAAGCAGUUCUUUAUCUGCUGGACCCGAGUUGCCCUGCCUUAUUUUCUGAAUUGGUUAUUCUUGAGUUUUGAGCACGGAGAGAAGCCUGUGGAGGUUUGAGGUGAGGAAAUGUGGCUGGCAGAUGUGAAGUUGGGUGAAGGGGUGGAAGGUGAGUACCCUUGCAAGAAAGACUCCACCUCCUCUCCCUCCAAACCUCACAUGUGUUGCUGGUCGGUUUUCUCUCUUUGAUCUUGGUAGUCAGUGAGGACUAGAAACCAAUUUAAAGGGUGUCUAAGUUCAGGUGUGGGAUGUGGGUGGCGCUGUGGGUUAAACCGCAGAGUCUAGGACUUGCCAAUCAGAAGGUCGCCGGUUCGAAUCCCCGUGACGGGGUGAGCUCCCGUUGCUCGGUUCCUGCUCCUGCCAACCUAGCAGUUCAAAAGCACGUCAACGUGCAUGUAGAUAAAUAGGGACCGCUCCAGUGGGAAGGUAAACGGCGUUUCCGUGCGCUGCUCUGGUUCGCCAGAAGCAGCUGAGUCAUGCUGGCCACAUGACUCGGAAGCUGUACGCCGGCUCCCUCGGCCAAUAAAGUGAGGUGAGCGCCGCAACCCCAGAGUCGGUCACGACUGGACCUAAUGGUCAAGGGUCCCUUUACCUUUACCUAAAUUCAGGUGAUCUUUCAAACCAGCUAUUGGGGACAUGCUGCAAGCUUCCAUUCCCCUUACCCCUUGCUUGCACACCUGUUGGCCCCCUUCCACUUCCUGCUUUCCACCCAGCUGUAGUGCUGGCUGGGGCUGAUGGGAGUUGUAGUCCAAAACAUCUGAAGAACAGCAGGUUGGAGAAGCCUGACAUAGAGCCAAUAAUGAGCACUCAACCAGAUGUUGAGUUGCCUAACCGUGGUAUUGCCCCAGCCCACAUUUUACCAUCUUGAAACGAGAGGAGAGGUGUUUGCUUCUGUAGAGAGGAAGUAAAGUCUCUUUCCUCAUAGGGGAGUCACUCCAUCUCCUUGAUAAUUUUGGCAGCCCUUUUCUGCAUGCAAAGCGGGUACUUUCUACUGAGUUAACGGGCUACCUGAUCCUUUGAACUGGAUUUGAGAGGAAUUAGAUCUGGGCCUUCUCUUCCCAAAGCAGGUGUUCUGCCACUGAGCUCAGGUGACCACCUUGGCAUGAUCCAGAUCUUGGGAGACAUUAAUGGCUAACCUGCCCUCCACUCCUAAGUUUCCAAGUAUGACCUAAUGCCUAUUGAAUGUAGAUUACGUCCUACUCCCCCUCAAUUCUUUGGGAUGGUUUAGCCCAUGGGUAGGCAAACUAAGGCCCGGGGGCCAAAUCUGGCCCAGUCGCCUUCUCAAUCCGGCCCGCAGACGGCCCGGGAAUCAGCGUGUUUUUACAUGAGUAGAAUGUGUCCUUUUAUUUAAAAUGCAUCUCUGGGUUAUUUGUGGGGCAUAGGAACUCAUUCAUAUUUUUUUUCCAAAAUAUAGUCCGGCCCCCCACAAGGUCUGAGGGAUGUCCGGCCCCCUGCUGAAAAAGUUUGCUGGCCCCUGGUUUAGCCUAUAAUGUAGCAUGAUAGGAAGCAGGCAGCUUCAUUGCAGGGGGUGGGGGGCAAGACUGGCUAAAAGUAUCACAUUCCAAAACAUUUUGUAGCUAUGGGGAAAACCUGGGGGGAAAGUGUUGGGGGGUGGAUUUUAGGAAAAAGUUGUAUUGCAUGCAGUGCUUUCACAUUAACCCUAAACUUAUUUUGCUGGUUCGAGAAUAUGAAGUUUAUGUGUAUUUAAUGUACCGAAUUUUUCGCCCUAUAGGACGCACUUUUUCUCCUCCAAAAAUGAAGGGGAAAUGUGUGUGCGUCCUAUGGAGCAAAUGCAGGCUUUCGCUGAAGCCUGGAGACCGACCCCUCUCGCUCUCCAGGCUUCAGGAAGCUAUCCGCAAGCCGUGGGAGAGCUGUGCGAAGUCGCGCAGCUCUCCCACGGCUUGUGGAGAGCUGCCAGCACCCAGGCUUCGGGUUUUGCGCAGCUCUCCCACGGCUUGCGGAUAGCAGCCUGUUCUGGGGUCGGGGGAAGCUUGGGCUUCCCCCGCCCCAGUCCCGCGCCUGGGGGGAAAUGUUUUUUUUUUCUUUAUUUCCCCCCCAAAAAAACUAGGUGCGCCCUAAGGGGCGAAAAAUACGAUAUAUCUUAGUGCCCACAGUUGUAUUGUGUAUUUAUUUAUUUCGCACAAUUUACACACUGCUUGACUUUUUUAUUUUUAAGAUAAAGCUAUGCAAUUUUUAAAAGUAUACAUGCCUUAGUUUUAUUGAAAUGGCAACCGUGAAUGCAUCUAGGAGCUAGUGAUAAGAGCUUUUUGCCAUUUGAGGAAAUGAGAGAGAGAGAAUGUUUUGGGUUCCUGCGGGUGACUUCAUGAGCUAAAGGCCCAGGUCCAGAAGGUUGAAACGCCUUACCUUUUAGGCUGCACACAUUUAUGAAGCACCCAGUGGCGUAGCGUGGGGGGUGCAGGGGGGGCCGGCCGCACCGGGCGCAACAUCUGGGGGGGGCGCUUGCACUCGCAGCUCUCUGCCCCUACCUGGCUCACUCACUCGCUCUCACUGCAGUGCUGGCUGUGCAAAUCCGAUCCGAGCCGCUGGGUCGCCGCCCACUGUGGAGGGGGUGGGUGCCAGGCGUGCGGUGCGGAGAGAGAGCGAGGGACUAUCUGGGGGAGGGACAGUGCAGCGGCCGCCCAGCGCAGCGCUGAGCGCGGGAGAGAACCACACCAGACCAGACCAGGCAGCAGCGGCAGGUUAGGGGUUAGGGGGCGCAAAUUACUUGCCUUGCCCCGGGUUAGGGGGCGCAAAUUACUUGCCUUGCCCCGGGUGCUGACAACCCACGCUACGCCGCUGGAAGCACCUGAAGAUGGUCUGCGUUUGGCAACAUCUGAAAGCGUUUUUCCAGCACCAGAUCCUAGAAUUGUUGCUUGCUUGGCCAUCCAAUCAAGUACAUCAGCACUGCAGUUGCUGAUAUUACUGCUUUUGAAUCUUGUAUCUGACUGGGAGGUGUGCAGGACUAUGAAUUAGCUGUGUAAGUAGUAUUUUUAAAACUCUGCUUUAAAAAGUAUUUUACUUGCAGAUCUGAAAGAGGAUUGGACAAAUUCAUUAUUAUUAAUUUCAUUAACAAUUUCAUGGACGAGAGGGCUAUCGAUGGGUGCUAGGCAUGAUGGCUCUGCUCUGCCUCCAUGGAGGCAGGAAUGCUUCUGAAUACGAGUUGCUGCAAGCCACAGGAGGGGAGCGCGCUCUUUUGUUUUUUAAAUGAUAUUUAUUAGGGUUUCCAAUAAAAAGAACACAUCAAUUAAAAAAAAAAGAAAAAGAAAAAAGAAAAAUACACAAUUCAAAAAUACACAAUACAUAAUCCAAAAAAAAAAAAAAAAAGACAAAAAAGAAAACAGUUAAAAACAAUGCCACCUUUUCAUCACCACUUUUAAGUUUACUUAUUUUCUGGACCUCCUCAUACCUCCCUCUUUUGUAUUCCAGUUCAAUUUGUUUGUCCAGCAAUUUCUUUCCCUCUUUUUUAACGCGCUCUUUUGUUUUUGAAUCCCGCUUGCAGGUUUCCCAAUGGGGCAUCUGGUUUGCCACUGUGAGGACAGGAUGCUGGAUUAAAUAGGUCCCCCUUGGCCUAAUCCAGCAGGCCCUCCUUAUCUUCUAGAAAACUCUUCUUAAACGGUUUUCUUCCACCAAUUUCACCAUUAAAAAAAAUCAAUUCCCCUCCCAUUUCUUUCUUGAUUAUAUGGAGUGAGGCGAACCUGAAUUUUUCUUCCUCAACAGGCUUUUGCUUCUCUAGCCCAAACUCUGUGCCCUAAGCAGCACCCCCUCCCCUCCGUUUGUCUAGAAGUACCCCCCACCCACCCGUCUUCCACCCUCACAACUGGAAAUCCUGCAGAGUCAGUUUGGUUCUUGUGUAGAUGGAAUCAGGGGCUGGGGGUCGGUGCUUCAUUCUGAGUAAUAACAACAACAACAACAACAACAACAAUUUGUUUAUACCCUGCCCAUCUGUCUGAGUCUCCCCAGCCACUCUGGGUGGCUCCCAAUCAAGUGUUAAAAACAAUACAGCAUUAAAUAUUAAAAACUUCCCUAAACAGGGCUGCCUUCAGAUGUCUUUUAAAGAUAGGAUAGCUGCUUAUUUCCUUCACAUCUGAAGGGAGGGUGUUCCACAGGGUGGGCGCCACUACCGAGAAGGCCCUCUGUCUGGUUCCCUGUAACCUCACUUCUCGCAAUGAGGGAACCACCAGAAGGCCCUCGGCACUGGAUCUCAGUGUCCGGGCUGGACGGUGGGGGUGGAGACACUCCUUCAGGUAUACAGGACCAAGGCCGUUUAGGGCUUUAAAGGUCAGCACCAACACUUUGAAUUGUGCUCGGAAACGUACUGGGAACCAAUGCAGAUCUCUCAGGACUGGUGUUAUGUGGUCCCGGCGGCCACUCCCAGUCACCAGUACCAGAUGUGUACAAUAUAAGAUGUUUUAAUGCCAGAGAUGGCUAGCACUAAAAUUUGGAGUUCAGGGAGUGCCAUCUCAAAAUCUGUAUACUUCUCUAAAUAUUCUGUUUCCCUCUCUACCCCCUUCCAGCACAUGGUUAUGAGCUUUAGAGUGUCGGAGCUGCAGGUGCUUCUGGGUUUCGCGGGCAGGAACAAGAGCGGGAGGAAGCAUGAGCUGCUCACCAAGGCCCUGCAGCUGCUGAAGUCUGGCUGCAGCCCGGCCGUUCAGAUGAAAAUCAAGGAGCUGUACCGGCGACGGUUCCCCCGGAAGAUCCUCACCCCCUCGGACUUAUCCAUGCUGCACCUCCAGGCGGGACAGCUCCCCUCCACCACGACACUGACCCAGGGCACCAUGUGCCACUUGCCCUACGACAACGCGUCAGUGACCUCUGGGGUGCCGGUUGGCAUGUUGCCCCCGGUGCCUAUGUUGGGACCCAAGCAUGAGGCGGACGUCCCACACCUGUCUCCCCCCAUCCACCCGGUUCACCCGGACGUGAAAAUGCGGCGGUUGCCCUUCUACGAUGUAUACGACGAGCUCAUCAAGCCCACCACGUUAGGUGAGUCCUCCAAGCUGUUUCUUCCUUUUUGCCCUUUCCUCCCGACUGACUCUAGAAUUUGAGAUAGCUAGGGAAGAAGAGUGCUGUGGAACCCAGAAGCUUACAAACUGUCUGCCAAAACAUUGGCGCCAGCCAGGGGAAAUAAGAUGCCACAAGAGGAAACCAUUAUGUCUGAAUUGACAAAUCAUGAUUUGCGAUUGGCCAGCAAGCCUUGGCUUGAAGUGGGUUUGCAAACCUGGGUUUGUGGUUAGCUGUAGUUUGGCAUGAUAACAAAGGGAAGGGAAGGGUCAAGCCUCGGCGAUAGAGCAGCUGCUUUGCCUGCAAAAGGUCUCGGGUUCAAUCCUUGCUGGUAUCUUCAGGUAGGGCUGGCCAUGUCCCCUAUGUGGAAACCCUGGAGAGCCACUGCUGCUGCCAGUCAGUGUAAGCAGUACUGAGCUUGAUGGACCAGUGGCCUGGCUCAGAAUAAGGUAGCUCCCUACGGUCCUAAAUCCUAGUUAUGCUGUUGCUCGACCCUGGAGGUAUUCUAUGCCAUAGACAUUGAGGUGAACUUACAAAGUUGAAUGCUGAAGGGAUAGAAAAUGAAAAAUAGACAAACAAAACAUCCUCCCCUCCCCCCCAAUCCUGAAAGCAUAGUUCAGAUCUCAGAUCUAAAUAAUAUUUGCCAGGUUCGUAUAAGUAGCGAGAGUCCAAAAGUCGAUGUCAGUCUAAGGAAGACUUUAAUACAACCAUAUGUUACAGGAUGGAGCGGGUACUGUUUGUGCGGCAGAGUUUGUGUUCUGGUUAAAUUAUUUAAUCAGUCCAAUAAUCAACAGAAGAAGAAAAUGGAAAGAGGCAAGGAGUUCUACACCCGGGAUUGCCUUUUGUCUGUUGUGAGUGGGGUGCUAAAUGAUGCUUAGGGCAAGCCAUGGUUCAUUGUGCUGUGGAAAAUGAGCCACUGAAACCAGGGGACAGAUGAAGAAGCUUCUCAGUGAGACAAUUUUUGCUGAGUCCCAAGAUUCCAAAAAGUAAAUACUCUUUUGAGAAUUUAACAAAGCAUUAGUGCUUUGUGUGUCUCCAAGGAGAUGGAAAGAGAUGGUAUAGGGAGACCAUUGCCAAAUCCUUGGAGGUUUUGGUUUGAUUGUCAGGGCCAAAAGUAAUUAUAUGUGUCUUAUGGCACGUGAAAAAAUGAGAGAUUUGUCAUGGCAAGAGUGUUGGUGAGCUAAUGCCAGCUUAAUAAUAAUAAUAAUAAUAAUAAUAAUAUAGAGUGGCAUGUGUUUUGCAGUAGAACCAGAGUGAGACUGAGUAAGGGUAAAGGGCCCUUCUUCUCAUUCCUGAGGCCAUGAAGUGCUGCAGGAAUGUUUAACUGAUAGUUCUUGCCUUGGCUUCACCUGCAGGGCCUGGGAAUUUCUCUAUCCCGCGGCUAGCAUUUUUCAGAUUUUUCUGCUGAGGGGCAGAGCUGCCUGCGUCUCACCCUGUAAUGGUAGGAGAGAGAGUCAGUACGAAGACACAGAGAUUCUAGUCUCAUAAACACCAGGCACUAUGCAUUCUGCACUGAAAGAAAAUAAAAUUCCAUUAUCUGUGUCAAUUGCGCAAGUUGCACAAUGCCUUCUGCCUUCCCUCACUAUUUUGUGUGAUGGUUUUUUUGCUUUGCAGGUUGUGCGCAGGAACCUGAAUUGUGCAGGCCAAACCUCCCCAACGUAGGGCCCUCCAGAUGUUUGGGACUGGUCAUAGUUGCUGGGGCUGAUGGGAGCUGUAGUCCAAAAUAUCUAUAUUUUGCAUAGGAAGCUGCCUUCAGCCAGAUCAGACGGCCAGUCGGCAACUUUGGAUUUGGGUGGGAGGGUCUUCACUGUCACCUGCUGCACAUUGAUCUGUUUUUUAACUUCUGAUGCCGUGGAUUGGGUCCUUCCGCAUGCAGGGCACAUGGUCCCCCACUGAAUCUUUCCUUCCCUCCCAACUGGUAGUGCACACUGGUGAUUCUUCACCAGUUUCCUCUCUACCUCCAUGCAAUACUGUUGCUGCAAUGUGUUAGCUGGUGUUUUGAACUGUUUUUAAUUACCUUAUGUGUAAACCUAGUUGAGAUGGCAGUUUAGAAGGCAAUUAAUAAAUUAAGUGUAAUAAUAGUAUUAAUAAUCCCUGACCAUUGGCCGUGCUGACUGCUAGGGCUGAGCGAUGGGAGUUGGAGUCCAAGGAUAUCCGGAAAGCUGCAUUUUCCCCACCCCUGUGCUAGACAUUAAGGAGCCAGGAAUAAGUAUGUGGAGCCCAUUUCCUUUCCACCUAUGAUGGAGAGGGCAAAUAGGUGGUCCAGGGAGCCUGCUGAGCUCCCCCCUCCCCAUCCUCUUCCCUCUGUUUCAGGAUUCCUUUGUGCAUAGCAGAACGCUUGGUUGGGCCUCCCUUGUGGGCUUCCGAUUGCGGCCUUGUCUGAUCACUGCUUAGCCUCUGGCCUUUUCUCUUUGCAGCAUCUGUGAACAGCCAGAGGUUUGAGGAGGCUCACUUCACCUUUGCCCUGACUCCUCAGCAGGUGCAGCAGAUCCUUGCCUCUCGGUAAGGGCCAUUUUAUUUUCUGUUUAGGAUUUGUAGCUCUUUCAGCACACACACACGCACACACACACACACACACACACAAAAUGCAAUGGCUGAGUGCAGACAUCGUAUGAAACCACAGUCAAGGGUGCUUAACUGGUGUGACGUCUGAGCUUAACAACCACAGUUUGUGAUUGCCUGAGAAACUGGAAUCGGAAGCUGGUUUGAAGUGUGCCUGCAAACCGUGGUUUGCACUAAGCAUCAGGAAAUUUUAGUUACGCAUUAGCACUAAGCAUCGUUAUUUGGUGCAGUGUCUGAAUUGGCAAACCAAAGUGACAACCGGUUCUUUGCCUCGAAACAGGAGUGCUCAGCCAGACAGAAAAUGAAAUCAAAUAAGCAUCUGGUAAACCCUAGUUUGGCUUGUUUGUUCUAAACUAUGAUUGAUACAAACUGUGGUGUGGUGUCUGAACCAAGCCAGCAACAUAAGAGCAAUACUACAACCAGGAUGUUUAUUUCAAGUAUUGCAUCCUCCUUUUCACCAGAAACGUCUACAAAGUGGUUUACAAAGGGGGGGAAAACAAAAUUAAAUACAGUAUAUAAAACAUGAAGAAAAAACCAUAAUGCAGGACUUUAACUUUACAAUUCCAUUCACUCAAAACCCACACAAAUUCCACAUCGACUAACACGUCCACACCUCAAAUUAAUUUUCACAUCUACGCAUUCACCCACACAAACAAACUAAUGGGAUAGUAUGCAGGAUGAGUUGUGUUUAAACCAGUGAGUCUUGCUUAGAGAGCAGGCUUUUCCUGUUGCUUUCACACAUACAGAGAGAGAGAGAAAUGUUUGUAGGUAAGAAAGUAAUGAAGCUAUGUUUAUUGUCGGCAAUACACAAUUUAGGGAGUGACUUUUUAGUUCUAGCCUAAGUAGAUAGUCUACAGUAGAACAAGGCAACCAGGCUGGCUCCUUUGUUCAGAGGAUAGUUAAAGAUGACCUCUCAUUCCCCCCACCCCCAAUAUCAAUAUUUUAUCUGAUUUCAAGAUUCAAAAUUACAUUUUAACACUCAAUAAUUAUAAUCCUGUUCUGCAAUACUAAUGACUUCCUGCUUACCCGUCCUUGGUGUUUAUAACUGUAAUAUAAUUUCAUUUUAAAGUUCCCUCAUAUCAGUUUUUAUCCUCUUUAAGUGGCUUCUUAAUAUAAUCUACUUCCCUCUGCCAAACUUCAACCCCCUCCCCCCGCCAUGGGUAUCACCAACAGAGGCAGCUGCGCAUAAAACAUAUAUGCAACCAAAAUGGGCGUUCCAGAAGGUUUUUAUUCUUCCCUACCACGGACUUCAUAUAUAAAGAGUUACUUUAAAAAUAAACUAGAAGUUUGGCCACCAGGCUUAGCACGCUGGUCAAAUGCUACUAAUUGACCACCUAUAAUUUGACUGUAGUCAGUUUGAACGAAGCCUUAGGUACCACAUUUGUUAGCAGGAGUUUGGGCAUUGUUUGGGCAGGAACAAGGGCUGCUUGCUGCGGAGACUGGCAGCAGUCAGGGGCAAAUGCAGCAGCAUAGCCAAACAUCUCCCACUGGCUCCCCGCUGUAACUCCAGACAAUGGCACAGUUUUAGGCCUGGGCUGUGGACCAGCAAAUGACACCAUCUUGCUUGCUAUAGAAAUUGAAGGUUGGAAGAUUCGGGGGCAGGUGAAAGAAAGUCAUGCAGCACAUAGUUAAACUAUAGAACUCCCUCCCAGUGGAGGCAGGGAUGGCCACCAGCCUAGAGGCUCAGACAAAUUCCUGGGAGAGAUGGCUGUGGAUGACUACUAGCCUUGAUGGCUAGGCUCUGCGUGGGAGGCAGCAGUGUUUUGGAAUACCAGUUGCUGCAAACCACAGGAGAGGAGUGGUCUUGUGCUCGGAUCCUGUUUGCAGGUUUCCCAAAGGCACCUGGUUGGCUACUGUGAGAACAGGAUGCUGGACUAGAGGGGCCAUUGGCUUAAUCCAGCAGGCUCUUAUUGUGCUCUUAAACCAGAGAACCCCUUCCAGGCUGCUGCUGCUGCGUGAAGUGCCGGCCCUCUGCUCCCUGUUUGUUGUAAUUUUGAUUUUCUAACUGUAGGCUGUCUCUGAUGUUCCAAGACACAAGCCAAAGAGAAGGUUCUUCCCUGUCCCCACGCAGGUCAACAAUUCUCCCAUUUCCCUCACAGCAACAAUCUGUGGUAGGCUGUUUCCCCUCUGCUGUUAGAAAGCCCACAAGCCCUCUGUGAUGUCACAGAAGCUCAGCCAGUGGGGGGUGGGGGGCUGGUUUUUGUUGUGUUCUUUAAAAACAAAACAAAAAUCUAACCUGAAAAGUAGGUUUCAGCCUGUUACGUAUUGUAUUAUAAUGACAGUAUUUCUAAGUAGCUUGACUGUUCUGGGAAAUUUAAGAAUUUCUCCUCCCCCCUCCUUUUUCCAGCGAUAUCUUACCUGCUGCCAAAUGUGACUACACCGUCCAGGUACAACUGAGGUAAGCAGAGCCUAAUGUUUUCUUGGACUUUUACAAAUCGGAAAAAUACAUCUCUACAAAUCUCACACUGUUUAGAGAUUGGCAGCUGGGGUGCUUUUUCCUUUGUAUAAAGCAGUCCUGGCUCAAUCUUAGCCAAGGCUGGUUGGCCAGCUAUGAUUUGGCCAAUGUAUUCCAUACUCUGGAGACUUCUAGGUUGUAUUAUUGCAAAGUGCUGUAGGUGGGCCUGCCCUUGAACCUGUCCCCCUCCCCAUUUGUGUAGUUACAAAUGAGCAAAAUCCCUGAGGCCUGCCCUAUAAGAGCUCAGAGCAACUUAGGAGGCCCUGCCUGCAUAGUGGUUUAGCUGUGAUUCCUGCAUUACAGGGGGGUUGGACUAGAUGACCCUCAGGGUCCCAACUCUAUAAUUCUGUGAUUCUGUGUUCUCAUUGUGCUCUGAUGUGUGUUCUGAUGGUGUUUCUUGCUUGGCAGGGGGUUGGACUCGAUGGCCCUUGUGGUCUCUUCCAACUCUAUGAUUCUAUGAUUCUAUUCUAUGAUUUAUCUAUCUCUCUUAAUAAGGAAUUUGACUCAGGGAAACUCUUCCCUCCUCUCUAGUUACUGUUUUGUCCUUGGGGUAGUCUUCCCCUCACCCUUCCGGUCUCUUUGCCUCUGCAGGUUUUGUUUGUGUGAAACCAGUUGCCCGCAAGAGGACUACUUCCCACCCAAUUUGUUUGUCAAGAUCAAUGGGAAGCUCUGCCCUCUUCCGGUGAGUAAGCCCCUCCUCCCACCGGCUCCUCGGUUCCGUCAGAAGGGACCACGACUCAGUGACAAAGUGCACCCUUUGCAUGCAGAACCUGAUCUCCCAAGUUGUACUUUUCAAAUAAAUGUUUUAAUGUUAUAGUACAAUCAAACAACCCUGCAACAGUACAUGGCCUGUAGUACAAUAUACACCAGGCAACAGUCAUCUUUUCCAAUGAAUUAAUAGGAGUCUUUUUUGCAGAAGUAAAAGGUGUGUAGAGUCCAUCUAUGUUUGUUGCUGUUUAGUCAUUUAGUCGUGUCUCACUCUUCGUGACCCCAUGGACUAGAGCACGCCAGGCACUCCUGUCUUCCACUGCCUCCCGCAGUUUGGUCAAACUCAUGCUGGUAGCUUUGAGAACACUGUCCAACCAUCUCGUCCUCUGUCGUCCCCUUCUCCUUGUGCCCUCCAUCUUUCCCAACAUCAGGGUCUUUUCCAAGGAGUCGAGUCUUCUCAUGAGGUGGCCAAAGUAUUGGAGCCUCAGCUUCACGAUCUGUCCAUCUAUGCUUACCCAUUGUCAAACCCCAUAUAGUUGGUGUAUAGUUUAUAUAGUGUCUCAAAGAAGCACUUUAUUCAUUACAUCUCCCUUAUUUUUGUGAUUGUUUUAAACGGAUUUAAAUAUUGCACAUGUGACUCAGCAGUCCUUUCUCAUUAGUAUUCAUUGCUGACCGGAAGGUUCCAGGCUGUCUGAGCCCUCCUUGUAUAGUUGCAUGCAGGUGUGAGAGUCAGUCAGGCUUUUGUUUUCAAGCUAUGCAGUUUGCCGGCAUCUCUUUGUAACUGUUUUUUGAGCUAUACAGCCAGUCAGGGAUCUGGCUGAGGACUCGCAACCGCAAUGCUUAUCAAAAUGCUUCAGUAAAGCAUAUUUGCCAAUGGAGUGAGCUGUUCGUGUGAUUCAUUUGCUGCCAACACUCUGCUGAGUUACUCUGCUGAACUCUGUACAUGCCCUGGGGUCUGAGAGACCAGGCAUGUAUACCAGGAAAGUUCUGGGGGCGUCAGGACCCUAACCCUGAGAGCAUAUUAAUGUUGUAACCUGCCCUGGAACCUUAAGGUAAAGGGCAGGUAAUAAACUAUCAUUAUUAUUAGUGGUGGUGUUCUGGAAUGCACACUAGUGCCUGCCUGUGUUCAUGUUCCUUCCAGGAGAUGCCUUCAGUUAGAGUGGGCUUUUCCUCUGCCCCUAGGGGAGCUGGGGGCACGGCUGCCCUUCCUAGCAAAUGACACCAUAAUGAAAUGGAAAGGUGAACUGCCUCCUAUCCACCAUUGUAUAUUCUUGGCUUCAUGGGAUUCUUGGCCGUAUUUGACUGCAGCCCCUUGAUGACCCACCCGCCAUCCUUAUUCUUGGUUCCCUGUAUGUCCAGCCUUGGCAAAGGGUCAAGGGGCCUGACCUCAGAUGUCCUCUUCUGCCUCUGCAGGGUUAUCUUCCCCCCACCAAAAAUGGGGCAGAGCCCAAGCGGCCCAGUCGACCCAUCAACAUCACCCCUUUGGUGCGGCUUUCGGCCACCGUCCCCAAUACGAUCGUCGUGAACUGGUCUUCUGAGUUUGGCAGGGUAAGGAGAAGCUUUGUGGUUUAUGUUGCUCUUUUUUUUAAUGUGUGAACAGAAUUAUUCCUGUCCAUCCUUGCAACUGUGUGUAUGAAAGCGCCUGUCCCAAUUAGGUGAUUGGCAAUAAAUAAACUGAACAUCCUGUGAGCAGCCUCUCCAGUUUGGCAGCUAAACAUUUGUGAACAUUCCAUGACAUCAGCAAAGCUCAACCAACCAAGGGCAGGGAGACCUGCAGCCAAUGGACGAGAGCCGGGGUUUAGCCUGUUACUUAGAUCAGCGAAUACAUUAAUUCCUCUGUACAACAGUGAAUAAUAAUUGGUUUCCUUCUGCCCAGAAUUACUCCCUAUCGGUUUAUUUGGUGAAACAGUUGACAUCAGUGACACUGCUACAGAAACUGAGAGCUAAGGGCAUCCGAAACCCAGACCACUCACGAGCCCUGAGUAAGUUCUGUGUCCUUUGAAAUCUUGUCUGCAUCUGUCAAGGACGCUUUAGUUGUGGUUCCUUCAUUGCAGGGAGUUGGAGUAUGUGACCCUUGGGGUCCCUUCGAACUCUAUGAUUCUGCAUCAGGGAUGUGUGUGCUUUUUUCUUGCAAUUACCUCCAGGUGGUAGGUUAGCACUAGUGAAAAGCUCUCUUAGUCACACAAGGCAAAGCACCUUUUUGCUAUCAUCUUGGCUCACUGCAGCCCUUGUGCUGUGUAUUGGGGACUGGUGAAAGUCAUGUGCUUCAUCUCUCAUGAGCAGAAGUGCUGCCCGCUAGUGCAAAGAAUUGAAUACUACUCCCAGAACUGGAUGGUUCAAUGGGUCAAUAUGUCUGACUGUUAACCAGAAGGUUGGUGGUCCAAGCCCACCCAGGGACGGCUGUGGGCAAGGGGUCCCUUCUAAUUUACAGUUCUAUGAUCUGUUUGCCCUCCUGCCUGCAGGAAAUUGUUCAUCCAGCCUAAAUGUGGAGCAGAGCUUUACUCCAGAUCAUAUUUUUUAAAAGUCCCGGUGUAAAAAAAGAUUGCUGAGUGGAGUCCCACCCUCGCGCACCAAGUGUUUAGGGGGGAAUUAGAAGCUGCCUUGUACGGAGUUGGACCCUUGGUCCGUCUAGCUCAGGUCUACCCUGACAAGCAUCACCUUUCCCAAGUUUCAGGCAGGGGUCUUCCCCAGCUGCCCCUGGAGAUGAACCAUUUCCCUUCUGCAUGCCAGCUGAUGCUUCACCCAAACAGUUCCCACACAGUGUGCCUCAUUGUGUGUUCCUAAUAUUGAGUGAGCUCUUUGCUUUCUCUCCCCACACCUCACAGUCAAAGAAAAACUGACAGCCGAUCCCGACAGCGAGAUAGCGACAACGAGCUUACGAGUUUCUCUCAUGUGUCCGGUAUGUUGGGUUUCUCCUUUUAUCUCUUUAUUUCACAUGAAGCCGUAUAUAUGUAAAUACAUGAAGAACCACCAAAACACUAUAAAUCUGUCUUGAGAGUUAAACCAAAUCUGUCCAAAAACAGAUGAGGAGCUCGUUCCAGCCCAAGCUCAUAAAUAUGUAUUUGGAACCUGCAACUGAUGAUUUGCUCGUUAUGCACAAAAAUCGCCUUUCUCCCGUUGUUGUUUCCGCUUUGAUUUUGUAUAAUGCUGCAAACCAGCCUUCACCAAGCUGGUGCCCUCCACGUGUCUUGGAUUACAGCAGCCUUUGCUGAGUUGGGAGCUGUAAUCCAGAAAAUUUGGAGGGCAUGGGGUUAGUGAAGGCAGCUGUAAGCUUAACCAAAGAUAAUUAAUCUCAGAUGCAUUUGGGAGCAAAACCCUCCCCCCUUAACUUUCCAUAUACUCUCAAAUCUGGCCAGGAAGAGACAGUCCUUGGGGUUGUGGUAGGUAACUUGAUGAAGAUAUCGACCCAGCGGCCGUGGAAAAGGCAAAUACCAUGCUAGGGAUCGUUGGGAAAGGAGCUGAAGAUAAAACUGCUGAUAUAAUGCUGUCAUGCCAAUCUGUACUGCAACUGUGCUCGGAAUAUUGUGUACAAAAAUGGAUAUUGUAGGGUUGGAAAAGGUUCAGGAAAGGGCCAGCAAAAUAAUCAAGGGGGUGUGUGAAGCAAAUCCCCUUAUGGAGAAAGGCUGCAGCACUUGGAUUUUUUUAGCUUGAAGAAAAGGCAAGUAUGGAGGAGGUGGAUAAAGAAAAGGUUUUCUCCCUCUCUGCUAACACUAGAGCUCAGGGACAUGCAAAGAAGCUGAAUGUUGGGCGAUUCAGGGCAAAUAAAGUCCUUCACGCAGUGCCUAGAUAAACUGUGGAACUCGCUCCCUCAGGAGGCAGUCACGGCCAGCACCCUAGAUAGCUUAAAAAGAAAUUGGAUUAAUUCAUGGAGGAGGAGAGAGCUAUCGAUGGUUUCUAGCCAUUACGGCUCUGCUCUGCCUCCACAGUUGGAGGCAGCAAUGCUUCUGAAUACCACUUGCUGGAAACCACAGAAGGAGAGAGUUGCUCUUGUGCUGGGGUCCUGCCUGCUGGUUUCCCACUGGGACAUCUGAUUGGCCACUGAGAUCAGGAUGCUGGGCUAAGAUGGGCCAUUGGCGUGAUCCGCCAGGGCUCUUCUUAGGUCCUUGUGCUGCUCACAAAUUCUACCCUGAGCAUAGAGACCCAGAGGGCUUUCCCUCUCCCCUUGCAACUCUCUCUCUCAAGCCGACUUCAGAGCAUUGAGAGAACAGGGUGGAAAAUAAGCCUGGGAACUGCAGGGAGAAUCGACCCAAUUCCCCCCUCUUCCGUUAGUGAGUGGCUCCACUGGAUCAGCAGCCCUUCCCUGAGCACAAGGAAAAUCCCACUCCAGCACUUUUGCUCAUUGUAUUCAGUGUGAGGCCCCAGUUGGGGACUCCCAAGCACUGCAGCAGAGCCUGCUUCCAGGGUGCUGCAGAAAACGAAGCUUCCAAGCCGCUCUGCGCUUCGCUGAACAGGAGCAUCUGAUGUCAAGGCCCUGAAUAAGAGUCCCUCUUCAUCUGUGAUUACAUUUGGGUUGAUAUAGUAAUACUAAAGUUCUCCUCUUCUUCUUUUAAUUAUGCUUAUACAAGAAUAUGUAAGUUCCAUAUAGUCUAUCACUUUUCUCUGCCAUUCUUCUCGGGUAGGCAAUUCUUGUGUCUUCCAGUAUUUCCCAAUGAGUAUUCUUGCUGCUGCUGUCGCAUACAUAAAAAAUUCCUAUCUUCCCUUCGCACCAAUUGACCGACCAUGCCCAAGAGGAAGGCCUCUGGUUUCUUCAAGAAAGUAUAUUUCAAUACCUUUUUAGUUCAUUAUAUAUCAUUUCCCAGAAGGCCUUGAUCUUUGGGCACGUCCACCAAAGGUGAAAAAAGUACCUUCAUUUUCUUUACAUUUCCAACAUUUAUUAUCAGGCAAAUGAUAAAUUUUUGCUAGCUUGACUGGGGUUAAGUACCACCUGUAAAUCAUUUUCAUUAUAUUUUCUCUUAAGGCGUUGCAAGCCGUAAAUUUCAUACCUGUGGUCCAUAACCGUUCCCAGUCAGCAAACAUAAUGUUAUGCCCAACAUCUUGCGCCCAUUUAAUCAUAGCAGAUUUGACCAUUUCAUCCUGUGUAUUCCAUUUCAACAGCAGAUUAUACAUUCUUGACAGAUUUUUAGUUUUAGGUUCUAACAAUUCCGUUUCCAGUUUAGAUUUUUCCUCCUGGAAACCAAUCUUUUGUCUAAAUUAAAAACCUCCCUUAUUUGAUAAUAAUGCAGCCAAUCUCGAACUUUAGUUUUUAAUUUGUCGAAGCUCUGCAAUUUUAGUUUAUCACCAACUUGUUCUAAGAUUUCACAAUAUUUUGGCCAGUUUGUCUCCAUAUUAGUUUUUUCAAUGCCUUUGCCUCCAUUGGUGACAGCCACCUUGGUGUUUUACUUUCCAACAAAUCCUUAUAUCUCACCCAAACAUUAAACAAUGCUUUCCUGACAAUAUGAUUCUUAAAGGCCUUAUGCGCUUUAACUUUGUCGUACCAUAGAUAAGCAUGCCAUCCAAAGACGUUAUCAAAACCUUCUAAAUCCAAAAUGUCCACAUUUUCAAGAAGUAGCCAAUCUUUCAGCCAGCAAAAAGCGGCUGAGACACACACACAAAAUAGGUAGACAGAGAAAAAGUAAUACAGAGCUGCGGAAUAAAAUUAAUAACAGCAAACCAGUGUACAAUAUUGCUUCACUGAGUAUCAGAUGGUAUUUGAAUACCCCUCAUAACAAAGAAUGAGAAACCGGAGGGACAUUCAAAGAAGGGAAAGCAUUCUGCCUCGAAGUUGUCAGAUUCAGCCUCUCCCAUCUGUGUCUGGUCAGGCGUUCCAACAAAGCAACGUUCCAGACUCAAAACAGUAAAACUUCAGGACGCUUCCAAUAAUGGGCAAUUACUAAUCUGGCAGCCGCUAGAAGCUUUAGUUACACUAAAGCUUUCAGCCCCCAUGAAAGCUUAAUGGUAUGGUAUGUGAGCAUAGGGAGUUUCUAUGUGAAGCUUCUAUUAGUGAAAUUUCACCAAUACCUGUGUUAUCUGCAAAAGGCUCCCAGUCUGCGAUCUGGACCAGGGUGGGCGGAAGGUGGAUUGAGAUCUUCUGGUAGAUCUCUGGAUAAUUUGAAGUAAGCCAGAAAGGAUUUCUUAACUCUCAAGAGUGGUGGGAUAUAAACGCAGUAAGUAGAUUAUGAUAAACAAACUCCCUCUUCCUUUCAGCUGGGCAAGAUGAGGCUCAUCGUCCCCUGCCGAGCUUUCACCUGCACCCACCUGCAGUGCUUCGACGCAGCCCUUUACCUUCAGAUGAAUGAGAAGAAGCCCACCUGGACCUGCCCUGUCUGUGACAAGAAGGCCCCCUACGAGGCCUUGAUCAUUGACGGGUAAUGCUGGGGGAGGCUUGGAGGUCAGGCUCCCUCUCCCCACAUGACCCCUGCCCACAGCUUUUGCCAUCAGACUUACUAAAUUCUGGAGGGAUGGUGGUGUUGUCUAUCUUCAGGGCUGCAUAGAUGUACUGCUUUAUUACCUAGAAAUUAAUGGUUCCACAACCUCUGUAAAUUAGUAAAUGAUUUAGUACAAGAUGAGAUUCUCCAGAAACCACAUUCUGUCCGCCAUCUAUGCUCUUCAAGAAUUGCAGCCAUACUUACAAUUUUCUCCAUCUUUUGUGUGGCCUGUGUCAGACCACAAACAAACCAUGAUGACCCUCUGGCUUGGCAUAGCUCUCCUCCACUUUCCCUCCAUGCAGACACCUGCUUUUGCUUUAAGGACGAACCACAGCGCUAUGCCACUUACAAACUUGGACCUGUGGUUGGUUCUAUCUGACGUUUGUUAAAACGAGUCACGGUUUCUGGAGUUUGUAUGUUACCUUGAACUAUGGCCAGUUCCAAAGCAGCCAACCUGGAACCCUCCAGAUGUUUUUGAACUGCAGCUCCCAUCAGCCCCAGCCAGCAUGGCAGUUGUCAGGGAUGAUGGGAGUUGUAGUCCAAAAGCCUUUGGAGGGGACCACAUUGGCUACUCCUAUUCUAAAGGAAUGAGGACGCUUCCUCUCCUCCUCCUUGUUCACGAAGACAAGAAGAAGGGUGUAGGGACUAUGUAAGAUUAUGGCCGACUGUGGAUCAAUUAUAGUAAUCUCAGACUCCACCAAAGUGGUGCCCUCCAGGUGUUUAGGGCUAUAGCACUUCAGCCACUGUCCAGAUGUUGAAUCACCCCUAUGUUUUCUUCUGUUUCCCCUCCUUCCCCCCAGGUUGUUCAUGGAAAUCCUCAACUCUGUCACAGACUGCGAUGAGAUCCAAUUCAUGGAGGAUGGCUCCUGGUGCCCCAUGAAGCCCAAGAAAGAGAACCAGGAGGUUUGCCAGCCAUCUGCUUACAACGGGCUGGAAGGUAAGAGGCAGUGAGGAGGCCUGGCACCUCCCUGUGCAUGUUAGUUGGCCGUUGUGUGAUUGAAACUGAUUGGUGGAAGAUUCAAAGUCCCCGUCUUCAUGCAACACUGAGUUAAACUGUGGAACUCCCUCCCACAUGAGGCAGCAAUGACGGCCGCCAACUUGGUGGCUUUAGAAGAGGAUGAGACAUCUUUGAGUUCUUCUGGCCUUCAUGGGGCCCUCGAAUGGUGCCCUUUGGUCUGGGCCUAGCAGUGUCAUGGCUAAUGGUAGAUUGAUGAAGAGCCAAAAUACUUUAGAGUGGCAUUUUGGGACAGAUCCUCACGACAGACAGACAAGAGCAAGGCAAGAGAUAAAGAUACAAUAGCCAAGUUAGCAAGCAAAACACAGUUCUUGACCAGCCCAAGGGCUGUAAAUUCCUGCAUUGACACACUUUUGCCACUUUGUCGAGCAACAGAUGUCACCUUUGUGCAGCAUGUGAUGUUGUAGUUGUGCAAAAUUUGGGGAUUUUACACUCACACCCCUCCUGCAUUUAAGCAGGCAAGAGGUAUUAUAGUCACAGUGCAAGGGCACGGCCAAGCCAGGCAUAAGCAGUUGAGGAGAGGGCAGGGCAGAGCCACAGCCCCUCUCCUCCUCUUCAGACAUCCAAGCUCAUCAUGAUCUCAGUUAAAGGCAGCCUUGAAGAGGAAGAAGCUCUUCAAGUCUUGCCUACGUGUCUGUAUGGCAGGGGCAGGAUACAAGAGCUUUGGAAGUGAAGUGCCAUAGUCCUGAGACCCCUGCAGCGCCUCCUGCUCCUCCUUCCUAAGUCAGCCUAGCUUACAUCCUUUGAUGUUACUCGACUCCCAACUUCCAUCACUCCUGGUUGACACAGCUAGUGAUCAGGGAUGAAGGGAUCAGGGAGCCCAACUGUACACCUUCCUGACGGGCAGACAGGGAACUCCCUGCUGUCUGUGCUAACCUGAGUGCUGACGAGUUUCAAGAUCGGAGCCCUGCUGCUGUUUUACGGCAGGGCUGUCUGUCUUCGCCUACCCUAACCUCUUUUCUCCUCCUCUUCGCAGCCUCGCUGUACACAGUGGGCUCUGACGGGAAGCAGCUGGCCGAAGGCAAGAAGAAAGUGGAGGUCAUCGACCUCACGCUGGACAGCUCUUCGGACGAGGAGGAGCCUCCCGCCAAGAAGCCCUUCCCACUCACCACUGCGGCCAUCCCAUCUGCAGCGGGACCCAAGGGGUGGGGCUCACUUUGUGUUUCCUCUGUGUUGGGUUAAACCUUCUUGCAUGGAAAGAAGGGAGUGUAGGAGCCUGAGAAGAGCCUGGCCGGCGGAUUAGGCCCAAGGGGGGAUCCGUCUUAUCCAGCAUCCUGUUCUCACAGUGGUCAGCUAGGUGCCCAUUGGAAAUCGGCUAGCAGGACGUGAGCAUGCUAAACCACAGCUGUGCUGUCCUCCUCCAGCAACUGGGAUUCAGAAUCCUUACUGUAGCCAUUAUGGCUAGUAGCCAUCGAUAGUUUCAUCGAACCCACUCUCUUGUGCGGAAUGCUCCAGGUCCAGAUUAAGCGGGUUAAUCAGAAUGGGGAAGAGCAGAGAACAAUAUGGAGGCCCUGCUGGAUCAGGUCAUGGGGGGAGGGUCAUCUUGCCCAGCAUCCUUUUCUCACAGGGACCAACCAGAGGUCAGUGGGAAACCCACAAACACAAGAGCCCCUCCUGUGGUUUCUAGCAAGUGGUAUUUGGAAGCAAUGCUGCCUCCGGCCGUGGAGGCAGUGUAGCCAUUGUUACCAGUAGCCAUCAAUAGCUUUAUUGGAUUCGCCUACCCCCUACCCUUUAAAAGCUAUCCAGGAUGGUCACCCUCAUUGCCUCCUGCUGGAGCAAGUUCUAUAGUUUUAGGUCAUGUGCUGCAUGAAGAAGGAUGUUGCUUUGUCUGUCCUGAGUCUUCCCACGUUCAGCUUCAUUGGAUGACCCCGUUGGGUUCUAGUAUUAUGAGAGAGGGAGAAAGACUUCUGUCAGUACAGUAUGCAUAUGAUUUGAUACCUGUCCGCCAUGUGCUCCCCCUUUAUUUUCCUUCUCCAAGCCUAGUCUUUCUGUUUCAUUUCAGAGUAUUAAGCCCUGACCACCAGCCCUCCUCGGUGUUGCGCAGCCCCCCGAUGGCCACUGUGGGGAGCGACUACCUCUCCAGCCUUCCGAUCCCCGACUACCACCCUUACCAGGUCCCCUCGGACAUCCAAGGUAAUUUGGGCUGCGUCACUCAGCACAGGACCAAAACUUGUGUUUAGUUCCUUGUUGCUCUGUUUUGUAUCCCCGUAGGAGCAGGGUAACUUAAUUCCACCAGAACCAAGCAGUGUUGUCACGGGACUCUCUGCACUGUGAAGGCUUAGACCAGUGGUUCCCAAACUUUUUUGGGAUAUCGCCCCCCUGGUUCCAUAAACUGUUCCCCUGUGCCCUCGACCCAUGUUGGAUAAAUUUAAAUGGUCUGAAGUAUACCUCACAGAAAAGGAUGCAGGCUCCAAGUGAAAAGAGAGGCCUUUAUUGGAAUGCAAAUGUACCUAGGGACAGCCUCAGAAAUGGGAGAGGCUGUGAAGAAGCACAGCCAAUCUAAUGCUUCUUACACAAUCCCAGUAUAUACCUCUGAAGGAUGCAGCUGUGGACACAGAGCCCUGCGGAGAAAGAGAGCUGAGGGUUGCUGGUCAGAACCAGGCAGGGAGGCAAAUCAACCUUACGUCUGGCUUUCAGGGUGUGGUGGGAUGGAGCAGCGUGAACUCUGUUAGAACGUAUGGCUUGCUUGGGAUUUUCCAUGCCAAAAUACACCCUAGAAAACAUAUCUGUGACCUGCGUGGAUAUAAGCAGAGUAAGCUUAUUUGCAAACAUUUUUUAAUUUUCUCCUUAAGCCCACCCCAUAUCCUUCCUGGCACAUUUUCAAAACCUUGAGACCAAAAAUGUUAAGAGUUGGCUGAGAUGCAGUACGCUGUGCAAAGCCCCCAGGAUCUGGUGUGUGUCAGUGUGCCAUUGUUGCUCAGUUGGCAGAAUGCACAGUCUCACUCUCGCCUGGUAUAAAGUGAGCCGCUCCCCAUCCUGCCAGGUGCUCCCUGCCCCUCCUGAUUGAUAAGCCUCAUUCCCAUCGUGAUGCUUGUAUGUUUGUGUCCAAAGGAAUUGUGGCCUGGGGAUUUGGCAGUGCAAGAGAGGAGAGGAGAGAAGGCAGAGUCCGAAAAGUAAAAAAAGGUGAAGGCUCUGAAGACAAACAGACAGACAGGAAAUGCUGAUGUAACUGCGGUCGCUAAAGCUGCCAGCUCAAUACCCACCCAAACCUGGCCCAGAGAGGAUGUCAGGCGCUUUGGCAUGUCAUGGGCCAGCUGCUGUGUGGCACAGCUCCCUCUCUGCACACCAGCCAUAAGGCCAGGAAGCUUCCCCCCCCACCACUGGUCUCUCUCCCGGCUGCCCCCAACCUAGGUGCCUCCAUACCAAGCAAACCCCAGUGCCCUGUGCCCCCCAGGCCAAGCAAUACUGCUCCAGCCAAAAUGACAAUGCCAGUUUUUUGACUGGGUGUGUUGCAACAUCCCUUUUCCUCAGCUGUGCGGCAGGGAGGGGGCAGUGUUUUCUCCUUGCAGCGGGGAUGUUGCUCACAGGAGGACCCCUCUGCCACUGCAGGCAGUGGGGGGGGGGGCAUGGAGGCAGGUGGGUCACCCAUCUCAGGAGUGCUCCUCAAGCCUUCCCAGGACACUUGAGGCCUUUGCGGUGUCCAUGGAGACCGGCCCUCCUGCCAUGACCAAAAUAUAUUUUCCUACACCCCUCCCAACUUUACAAUUUUUUUUUUUAGUAAUCCCUUCCUCUUCUCCAAUAUGUUCAUUUUACCAUUAAGAUUAUUUUUUCACCUUUUCAUUUUUCUAGGUCUGGAUUUGUUUUCCUUCCUUCAAAGUGAAAAUCAGGUAUGUUCCCCCCCUCCCUUUUCCUUCAUCUCCCCAUCCUCCCUUCCCCAGUCUUCAUUUCUCCAUGUAUUCAGCAACAUAGCCACCCAGUGAGCUUUCUCGCCACCCUUCACCCUUGAGCACACCUAGCCUUUCUCUUGCCACUGUGCUAACCCAGCAAACACAGGCUGGGGGAAAUCAGUCUUUUCCCUGCCUCUUGCAAAUUCCUACCUCCUUGCUUCGCUCUGUCUGUUUUCACAGUGGGGGGCAGGCUGCUGCCCCCCCCCCCAAAGCACCUUCCUUUCAAGGUGCAUUCACCGUGUGAAUUCCUAGAACUGUUCUGAGAAACAAGAACAGCUUAACAGCCCUCGGCUCUGUGGAAAGCAAAUUGCGUUUGUCUGGGGUCAUAUUUCUGGGACCUUAGAGCUGAGCUGUUGCACUGAAGCCCUUGCAGAGAGGCUGGCUUGGAGCUAGCAGUUCAGGUUGUGCAAUGAGCUCCUAUAAAAAUCUUUGCAAAAGAGUCACUCUUGUCUUGCAAAAUGUUCUGCUUUGAUCUAGCGAGCUCAGCUCCCGAGAUUGCUAGUAACAAUCUGAGAAACUUCGAGGGAACUUAACCUGAUGAGAACAAAGUUGGAUUUUGAAGUAGGGGUAGGGAGGGGGCAGUUUCUCUUUCUCCGCUGGACUUUGCCCACCUCCUCCUUUCCAAACUGUCCCCAAGCAAAAAAUGUUUGUGAGAGGCAUGUUAAUUGGUCUUAGUGGUAGUUGCCUCACCUGCUUCCCACUCCGAGGAAAUCCUCAUGAACUGCAAGACUCUGCAACUCAUGAGUCAUCUCCUUUAUCUGCCUUUAGAGAAAGGAGUUUUGAUUUUCCUGGGACUUCUUAAAGCUGUUGCUGCCUGUUGGAUUUGGGUGGGGAAGCAGGGAGCCUGUCUGGCCGGACUUGGUAAAUUGACAGUUCCUCUUACCCUUUUCAUGGGGAUAUCCUUUGCUCAUAAUGCCAGCCACAGCUUAAUAAACCAUCGUAUGAAACUCUGGUUGGUUUGAUUGUCUGAACCCAGCCUAGCAGAUUAAUUGUGCUUUUGUUUCACUGCCCGCAAUCCAGAGUUUUGUUGAUGCUUACAGACCUUGGCUCCUUGUUAACUGUGGCUUGCGAUUGUGCAGGAACCCAGGGCUCUUCUUCACCUAGGAAGUUUUGGGGCUCCUCCACACGCUCGCCAGGCUGCAGAGGCACCAGGCAAGAAACCAAACUUUGGAGAAAUAAGCUCUGGUUUAUUUGUCUGUGUGCCAGACUUGGGGGUUUGUUUGUUUCCGUGGGUCAAGCUCUUACAUCAGACUUCCUUUAAUUUGACGUCCAUGUCUAAUUGGCAGCAGACAAGAUCAUGGGAGUUCUAGGGGUUUUGUUUUUAAGUGUUUUCCCUGAAGUUUUCCCACCCCUCUCCUCUGACAUAAUGGAUCAUGCCGGCUCACAGCCUUGGUUAAUACCUUUUAACUCGCUGUUGUUGUUUGUUUUGCAUCCAAUAACUGAUUGUCUCCUUCCCUGACAGCAUUACAGUCCUUCCGUGAUCACCUCCCUGGAUGAGCAAGACACCCUGAGCCACUUCUUCCAGUAUCGUGGCACCUCACCCCAUUUUAUGAACCCCCUGGCCCCUGUGGUGGUGGGGUCCCAUGGCACCGCGGGCUCCCCCACCAGCAGCAGCAGCCGCAUGAACAGUGUUGUCUCUUCGCCCACCACGGCCUUGCGGGAAAGCCAUGUGCGCAGUGGCACCGUGGGGGGCAGCCCCAUCUUGCCGGGGUGCCGGCCAGAUAUCAUCUCUCUAGACUAAAAGAUACCCUUUCCCUACAGGAGGGCAGGAGGUGGAAUCGUCGUUCCCCCACUAGAGUGAAACAAGGAAAAGACAGAAUUCCGUCAAGCCUGUUUCUUAGAAAGAGACAAAUCGGGCAAAGAUCUUUCUCUUGUUUUCCUUCAGGGCUCUUUUUUUCAUUCUGCAAUUCCGCUCAAGGUUUGAAAAAUUAUGGAAUUGACUUGGGACAGUUUGGGGGGUCCAAAGAAUCUCGCUUUUUCAUUUGGCCUUGGAGCUGCUUGGGAGUUUUGAGCUGGUGGAGUCCAGAAAGCCCUGAAGAACUGGGGAAACAAGAUUUAAUUUCAGUCACGGGAGGGUCGAGUUCCAGGUCCCCACGGCUUAACGGAAGCAGGAUUAUUUAUGCAAAAUGAGGCAAAUGAAGACUCAUCGACAUAUAAUCUGAGUUGCAGAAUUCCACUUUUUUUUUUUAAGCCUGAAACCUGGGUUUCUUCUGACCAGGAUUUGAAUGCAGAAUCCUCAGUGAACUCAAGGCAACUUUAUCGUAAGCACGAAUAAAUUUGGUGUUUGGGCACAGCUCAUACUCAGCACAUCGCCAGCUCUGCAACAAAUGACCGGAGAUCCCAGGCAGGUUAUAUUGGACCAUUUCAGACUGGCAUUAAAAAAACAAAAAAGUGGAAGUCUGAUAGAAUUCUUUUUCAGGGAAGGACAUACUGUAUGUGCCCGUUGAAGGGCUAACGUGAGACUUGAAAGCAGUGUACUAAUUUGCCAAAACCAAAGCCACCCCCCUCCCAAGCAGAUUUUUAACAGACUCAUCCGGUGAGGGCAUAACAGGAAACUCACUUCCACAGUGAGGAGUGGCUGGUUCCAGCUGAGAGUUUUGCCACAAAUAAAACAGAUUUCUCAAAGAUCCUCCACGUGCCCAAACUUCUCGAGAUUAUUACGCUCGAGAGAGCCUGACGGCAAGCAAGAAAAGAAGGUAUUUUACUCAUAAUGAAGAUGAAGUAGAAGCCCGGGAUGAGCUUUGGAGCAGCUCAAGGACUCAAAAGGACUGGGGAACCGUGAUUCCACUUUCCUGCUGACUUUCCCGCAUUGGGGACUUCCGUGACUGUUUUCUCCUCUUCCCCUGGGCUGCGUGCGCACUUGACGGGAGCCACGGGUGGGUGGAGAGCUUGUGCCCUCUACAGAGCAAUGGGCUGUGACUUCUGCGUCUGUGUACCCCCCCCCCACGCCCACAAAACCUGACCCAUCGCAGGCAACACUGUCUUGACUCUUUGCCAUAGGUACCUCCUUAGCAGCUGUGCUUCCUUGACAUUCGGACUUACGCUAAUGUGCAGCCCCAGGGGACGCUUCCGAAACCAGCAUGCCCUUAAAAGUCCCGUGAUUUGCGCCCCCGUGUCUCUGUCCUCCUCUCCUCCAUCACCAACAUCCACUGCAGACCUGCCCAUCCUCGAGACUGUUGUUACCACAGUGUAUUUUUCUAAAGCUGUAGAUCUAGGGUUCCCGUCCCCACUCCUCUUAAAAUAUUUCCUGCCAAUCUUGUACAGAGAACAAAAGAUAUAUAUAGAUAUAUAUAUAUAGAUAUAUAUAAUUAUUAUAAUCUAUAUUUUCAGUUUUUGUACAUAAGAAACUCCAAAGAUCUUUUCUGUGUCCCCCACCCCCACUUCCGAGGACGAAAUGAAGGUUGCACUUCCCUCCCUGCCCAGGUGGGGGCAGCGCAUCGUCCAUUGCACAAACUUUAUUUAUGUAUUUAAGUGUAUAAUUGUUUUGUGUGUGUGUUUUUUAAGUUCGUAGCCGCUGCUUCUGCAUUUUCCGCUUCCUGCACCUGCCCGUCUCGCCUUUUCCAAGCCAGACGAUGCGGUGAGAAAGACAGACAGUGUUCUGGAAAGCUAAGCACUUUUUCCUUUUCUAACAAAUCCUGUUGCUUUCGACAACAAGAACAAGCCUUGAGCGGAGUGGUUCUGCCCUAAAAGGCAGUUUAGAAGUUAAAUAAUAAAAUAUCUCCCUGCUUGAAAGCAACAGGAGCACUAAGCCAGAUGCAGCAAAGCAGUGACAGCCUUAUGAGGAAGCUUUUGCCUCUUCAACUUUAUUUUUUUUAAUCACUCGACAAAGACUCCACAGUGUGCAGAUCAAAAAGCCAGAAAUGCCCAAUUUCAGGGCAGGAAAUGUCCCAAUGCAUUUUGAUCAGAGCUGUUAAUUCCGUUUGGCGUAGCCCAUUACCCAGAUCUCCCACUCAUGGGAGAACUUUGCUUCGAUAAGUCCUCCUUCAUGUUUCAUUUUAAAUCUGAGUUUGGAACAAGAAAGAGGUUUUGAUGAAUCCUGGGCUUCCUUGGAAGCUUAUCUGGGGUUCCUGAAUGGGAAGGUAAUAGGAGACAUUUGCUCCCUGCGUUGGGACCAUAGUUGAGUGGCAGAGCCCUUCCAUUACAUGCAGAAGGCGCAAACCCCGCCUCUCCAGCCAAAAGGAUCAGCUGGCAAAGUGAGGUGGAAGUCAGAAUUAAACAGCCCGCAAACUUCCUAGCAUCACUGGGCCAAAGCUGCCUUGAAAUGCUUCACUUCCAAGUAGCAACACAUAAAAUCCGCAUACCGUAUUUUUCGCUCUAUAAGACGCACCAGAUCACAAGACGCACCUAGUUUUUGGAGGAGGAAAACAAGAAAAAAAAUUCUGAAUCUCAGAAGCCAAAACAGCAAGAGGGAUCGCUGCGCAGUGAAAGCAGCAAUCCCUCUUGCUGUUCUGGCUUCUGGGAUAGCUGUAUAGCCUGCAUUCGCUCCAUAAGACGCACACACAUUUCCCCUUACUUUUUAGGAGGGAAAAAGUAAGUCUUAUAGAGCAAAAAAUACGGUACUUCACGGCCAUCCAAAUUUGAGUUUGUUGGAAGUUCCCACUGUAGGGAAUGUCUUACGUUUCAGCAGCACUUCUGUCUGCCAGACUACAGCGUAAGGGUUGGUGCCUUGGAGGUCAUCCAACCUUUGCUUUAACACAGAUUAGUUUCCUCACCCGAUCCCAAUAUAUCAUUUCACUAACAUUUUAGAGGAUGCUUGCAUGGAUGCAAAUACACUACACCGUUUCUUCAGAGCAUCCUUUGGUGGGCAGGCAGUAUUAAUCUGCAUUGGUGAUCUGCGGCUGUAGAAGUGGGGGGAUAUUUUGAAUCGGAAAGGUAAUGAAGAGUUGAAACGGUGGAACUUCCUCCUACAGGAAGCAGCAAUGGCCACCAACCUCCAUGGCUUUAAAAGAUUAGGCAGAUUCAUGGAGGAGAGGGCUAUCAGUAGCUGCUCAUUGCUGCCUCCAGGAAUGCCAGGUGCUGGAAUCCGCAGGGUGGGAGAGGGCACUUGUGUGCUCAAAUCCUGCUUUCCAGGUUUCCCAUGGGCAUCCGGGUGGCCACCACUGAGAACAGGAUGCUGGGCUAGAUGGGCCACUGGCCUCAUCCAGCAGGCUUUUCUGAUGUUCUUCAUUAUGUGCCAUUAGGUGUGUGACUUGGGUGUCCCCAUGUCAUUUCCAUCUAGGGGGUUGUUUUUCAAGGCAUCUGCUUAGAACGGUCAAACGCCAAGAGAUUUACACCUUCUGGGUGGGUUGGGUGCCACUUUUCUAGCUGACAUAAAUCUAUAACGCUAGACUGCAAAACGCGCUGACUCCUGUCACCCAGCCCUAGGCAUUCGUCUCCUGAAAACUCCAUUUCUGUUUAUACAAAAACUCAAGUCUCUAGUCCUUUGGAGGAGAAGCGCCGUGAUGUGAGGCUAUUCUUUGAGCAAAGUUUGAAGCCAGAAAUAAAGAGCUGGGGGCGGGGAGGGAGCUCCUGCCCUAUAUUACAGCUGCAGUCUUCUCUUCCAACCUCAAAUCUCCAUGCUUGGUACACCCCCCCCCCCAUUCCUCCUGAGCAUUGCCAACAUUCCAGCUCCUUCGAAGCAUGAAAUCUUGGUAAGCGAUACUGCAAAUUUAUCUUCCAACAACACAUGCAUCUAUUUGCGAUGACCUGAUUUGUCUUUCAAGGAUGGGUGUGGGGAGCCUUCAGGAAGACACUGUCUUGGAACUUGGGGGCAGGUGUCCCCCAAGGUUCCUACCCCCCCCCCUCGGCAUGCAGCCUUGCGGCUGUUUAUCAAGUGGGGGUUAAGACCAGGCAGCCGCAUGAAGAACCGCCAAGCUCUACAGGCAUAUAUGUUUUGUACAUUAACAGUGAGCAUUUGGGGACAAAGAAAGGUCAGGGGUUCUGGUUUUUCUUUCAAUGCCAUUAUCAACUGCUUUAAAACAAUGUUUCUGCAGACAAAACACACACCCUGCUUCAUCUCCCUAACCUCAUAAAACAUUUCAUCUGCACCCCAAUAGCAAAAAAGAGGAAUGCUUCGCUUCACACUUUUGGGUCUCCUUUUUCUGUCCAUUGAAUCUCUUUGUUUUAUCAGCUUGGAGCCAUUGUGUAUAUGCAAAAAGUACCUUUUAGAUAAAAUAAAUUCUUGGCAAAAGAACUGUUCUGGAGUUCUAACUUCAUUAGUGCCAGUCUCCAGCCUCAGCUGGUUCACCUGUUAUGGCUGUCCCUGGACCAAGAGAGCCUGGUUGGCAGUCCUGACUGGACUACUGCAAUGUGCUGCACCCGGGGCUACCCUUGAAUUGUAGAGUUGGCAGGCAGGCUGGAAGCCGCGGCUGGUACAGGAUACGGCUGCCGAUCUGCUGAGCAGAGCAGCAAAGUGGAGCCAUA